GGGCACAGCGGGCACACGCCGGGCCGACAAACCAUGACGAGCAUCCCGAAAGCGGCGGCGGGCACCCGGGCGCCCGCUUUGGAAACGCCGCCCCGGCGUCGUCAGCGGGUCGCCGUCAUCGGUGCGGGCGCCAGCGGCCUGACCGCGGUCAAGGCAUGUCUCGAAGAAGGCCUGGACGUCGUCUGUUACGAGCGCACGGACGUGCUCGCGGGCCUGUGGCACUACACGGAGACCGUGGAGCGCGGCCGCGCCUGCGUCAUGCGCUCGACGGUGAUCAACUCGAGCAAGGAGAUGUCCGCCUUCAGCGACUUCCCGCCGGACGACAAGCUGCCCAAUUACAUGCACAACUCACACAUGGCGCGCUACAUUGUCGACUACGGAAGCCGCAGCGGCGCCAUCGAAAAGGUGCGCCUCCGGCACGAAGUGGCCGACGUGCGGCCCACCAGACCGGGCUGCGAGGACACGACCUGGACGCUCCGGGUCAGAAGGCUGGACUGCCGCGAAGGCGAAGACCAGGAGUUCGUGGAAGAGAGGGACGCCGUCAUGUUGUGCACGGGACACCACGCGCACCCACUGUGGCCCCGGUUCAAGGGUCUGGGCGACGAGCGAGGCGAGGGCAGGGUAUUCGCGGGACGUGUGAUGCACUCGCAGGACUACCGGACUUCACGAGGAUUCGAAGACCGCCAGGUGCUCAUCGUUGGCGUGGGCAAUUCGGCCGGAGACUUGGCCGUCGAGCUGGGAGGCGUCGCUGAACAGGUGUGGUUGAGCACCCGUCGCGGCUCGUGGGUGAUCGGCCGCGUGGGACCGCGGGGUCGACCGUUCGAUGCGUACUACCAGACGCGGCUGCUGAACACAUUCAUGCACCUGCUGCCGUACGAGCUGAUCUGCCUCAUCUGCGAGAGCGCCAUCAAUCAGCGUUUCGACCACACCGCCUACCGGCUGAAACCCAAGCACCGCAUCUUCGGCCAGCACCCAAUGGUCAACGACGCCCUGCCCAACCGCAUACUGUCCGGCACAGUGUGCAUCAAAGGUCAAGUGAAGGAAUUCACGGCAGACGGCGUGCUCUUCGAGGACGACCCCCUGGGUACCGAACCCCUUCAUGUCGACGACGUCAUCCUGGCGACCGGCUACCGCGUCUCCUUCCCGUACAUGGCGCCCGGCGUGCUGGACGUGUCCGAUGACAACCAGGUCGCCGUGUACCGGCUGGUGUUCCCACCGGAGCGACCGGGGCUCGCUCUCAUCGGACUGGCGCAGCCCAUCGGUGCCCUGCUGCCCAUCUCCGAGCUGCAGAGCCGCUGGGCUGCCAGGGUGUUCGCCGGCAAAGCGACUCUGCCCAGUACGAAGGACAUGUGGCGACAGGUGAACGAGUACCAGGAGCGUUGCAGGCAACGCUACUACCAGGAGCCCCGACACACGCUACAGGUCGACUGGAUCGACUACCUAGAUGAGCUGGCCAACGAAAUCGGCGUCAAGCCUAACCUGGCGCGCCUCGCCCUCAAAGACCCACAGCUCGCAUACCGGCUGCUGAUCGGGCCCAGCCUGUCGUACCAGUAUCGUCUACAAGGACCGCACAGUUGGCCCGGGGCGCGGGACGCCAUCUUGGGUUACGAACAGCGCGUGCGCAGCGCGCUCUGCACGGGGCCCGAUUUUACCGCCACGAGGGACGGAAAGGGGGCGCUGCUUACCAAGCCCAGCGUCGAGUUCCUACUGCUCAUCACCAUAGCCGUGCUGUUCUUCUCGUGGCUCCUGUCCAGCGGCUUCUUCUUCCCCGAGUCCUGGUCGCCUGCUCUACGUGUUUGACGAGUGAUAUCAGACUGACUCAGUACAUUCACAUCGGAAUGAGUGUAUACAAGUUACUUCGUCUCUGUAAAGAGACUAUAAUUUAAUGCUUCUCACUAUGGUGCUGGAAACACCUUAUUAAAAGAU